UCAUCAUCCAAGUAGUAGGGUUUAGAGGAGGACGGUUUCGGCGCAGCAUCCCAACAGACACAAUGGCUGUUCCUUUGCUCACCAAGAAGAUUGUGAAGAAGCGUGUGAAGAAGUUCAAGAGACCCCAAAGCGAUUGGAAGAUCUCUGUGAAGGAAAACUGGCGCAGGCCCAAGGGUAUCGAUUCCCGCGUUAGGCGGAAGUUUAAGGGAGUCACUCUCAUGCCUAACAUUGGUUAUGGUUCAGACAAGAAGACUCGGCAUUUCCUUCCUAAUGGGUUCAAGAAAUUCGUUGUGCAUAAUGCCAAAGAGCUUGAAGUUCUGAUGAUGCACAACAGGACUUACUGUGCGGAAAUCGCACACAAUGUAUCGACUAGGAAACGGAAGGAGAUUGUUGAGCGUGCAGCGCAGCUGGAUGUGGUUGUGACCAACAAAUUAGCCAGGUUGCGCAGCCAGGAAGACGAAUGAGCUUUGGUGGGAUACAUUCUAUAUGUAUUGUGAUUUUGGAUUAUAUUCACUUUUCACUAGGAGUAUCACUACUAUGGAUGAUGCAGUUUCUGUGCUGUUCUUAAUAUUUGCUUGUGUUGCUACUUCUUUCAACUACUUUGCUCAGUUACAUGAUGGCAAUUGGUGUUUGUUUC